GAGGGAGAGAGCAAGAAAUGGGGGAGUGGUGGGAGAGAGAGAGGGAGAGAGAGGAUGCGAGAAAGAGAGUGAAAGGCUCCACACGGCAGAAUAUAAAUCUGUAUGUUAACAGGACUAAAGCUUGGGGUCUUGGAGCGGCUUUAGCGGUUAUGCUGGUGGGGGGUGAUCGUAAAGCGUCAAGAGGUGGUCAUCCCUAUUAACUGAAGAUCUGUGCAAAUAAGGAAGUGGAACCCGUGGAAUCUGUGAACGCCGGUUGUCAAGCACACUGGUGGGCUGGUGGGAGGUCUCUGACCCCCUCAUUUUUAUUUCUGGAAGAAAAGAGAAGCGCAAAAGAGACACGAGGGAAAAAGCAAGGUGGCAGCGAGGGACCAGUGAGCCAUUUCUCUCUUUAUUACCUUCAUUCACAAAACCAUUGCAUCCCAUUAUCAUAGCGAUGUAGAGGCAUUCUCUCCGAUUGGAGGAGGAAGGGUCCCAUUGACUGCUCAGGCUUAGCACCUCUCUCCAAACGCUAGCCCUUUUCAUUGCAGUGCCCACCCCCCCUCAUCUCUCGCCUCUAUCCUUACGCCUGCUAUAUUCUCUGUUCUUUCUUUUCUUGUCCCUUGUAUUCUUCCUUUUCACACGACUCAGGAAUCAGGAGGCAUUGCGUUUGGGUAGAAGUGGCUGUUUCUGUCAUUGUGUUUGGUGCCGUUACAAAGGACAGCUGAGCAGGGAGUGUGAGAGACAGCUUUGGAGAUAAUAAAACAGAAGCCUGAAAGAACAGGGGAGACCUGGGACUACAAGAACAGCUCAGUGGAAUGCGAACUGUCAUGAAAAGAAAACUGUUACAGAGACUGGCAACCCUUUUAAAGGUGGCUAUUUAUUGAGACCGUUACCACUUCUUGAGGGAAUAAAGAAGCAGUGUGGCAAACCAACACUGCUGGUUGGUUUCUGCUAUUCUUGUUGCUAAGCAAAGUCUCUAACCCGAAGUUCUUGGGGUGACAGUGCUGAGCAUCACUCUACAGCCAUGAAGGGAAGCUCAGAGGAAAGCAUAGAGAGCGUCAGGCCCUCCAACCUGCAAGCUUUUGCUAACAUGUCCACCCUACAUGGCAUGAGUCACAUAUUCGCUUAUGGGCACAUGACAUUCCGCCGAUUUCUUUGGACGCUUUCUUUCUUGGGUUCACUGAGCUUAUUGAUGCUGGUCUGCAUGGAUCGGGUGUCAUAUUAUCUGGAGUAUCCUCACGUCACUAAGCUGGACGAGGUGGCGGCAACAAACCUCACCUUCCCAGCAGUUACCUUCUGCAACCUCAAUGAGUUCCGCUUCUCCAAAAUCACCAGGAAUGACCUCUAUCAUGUGGGAGAGCUCCUGGCCCUCCUUAAUAAUAACUACCAAAUAGCCAACCCACACCUGGCUGAGCCUGAAGUUCUGGCCGCCUUAAAGGAUAAGGCAAACUUCCUGAACUUUAAGCCAAAACUGUUCAACAUGACUGAUUUCUAUAACCGAACUGGUCAUGACAUCAGUGACAUGCUGCUGCAGUGCACCUUUCGAGGAGAGGACUGCCACCCGGGGAACUUCACCACAAUUUACACACGGUAUGGAAAAUGCUACACUUUCAACUCGGGAUUAGAUGGCAACCCUUUGCUGACCACGUUAAAGGGCGGCACGGGGAACGGCUUGGAGAUCAUGUUGGAUAUUCAGCAGGAUGAAUACUUGCCUGUUUGGGGCGAGACAGAUGAGACGUCCUAUGAGGCCGGCAUAAAGGUACAGCUUCACACUCAGUCAGAGCCUCCUUUCCUCCACGAGCUGGGCUUCGGGGUUGCCCCAGGCUUCCAAACAUUCGUUUCCACCCAAGAGCAGAGGCUUCAGUACCUCCCACCACCUUGGGGAGAUUGCAAGUCUACUCCCAUAGACUCUGAUUACUUCUCCACGUACAGCAUCACUGCAUGUCGCAUCGACUGUGAAACACGGUACCUUCUGGAGAACUGUAACUGCAGGAUGGUUCACAUGCCGGGAAACACAGCCGUUUGCACACCUGAGCAGUACAAAGAUUGUGCUGAUCCAGCUUUAGACUUUUUGGUAGAGAAAGACAACGAUUACUGUGUCUGUCAGACCCCCUGCAACAUGACUCGCUAUGGCAAGGAGCUGUCCAUGGUUAAGAUCCCCAGUAAGGCAUCUGCUAAAUAUCUGGCUAAGAAAUUCAACAAAACUGAGCAAUAUAUUGGAGAAAAUAUUCUGGUGUUGGACAUCUUCUUUGAAGCUCUGAAUUAUGAGAAGAUUGAGCAGAAGAAGGCCUAUGAAAUUGCUGGACUUCUCGGUGACAUUGGAGGCCAGAUGGGGCUAUUUAUUGGAGCCAGUGUUCUUACAAUACUAGAAAUAUUCGACUACCUAUAUGAGGUGUUUAAAGAUAAGCUUUUGGGUUACUUCAUUCGCAAGAAACGGCCACAGCGCUGUCAGAGCGACAACCUGGAGUUUCCAGAGAACCCAACCAGCCCUGGUGUCACGCCUAAUCAUGCCCCCAGAGCACCUGUGACACCCUCCGGAGUCACUCGGACAGUCUCGGAUUCACGCCGAACAUGUUACCUCGUCACCCGACUAUAGGCAACUUUGAGGAGUUUGCUUGUUGACAACAUAAAGCAGGGGUUGGGGACGGGGUGGAACAUCUGGGUACUUGACAGCAAACUGUGAAAUCAUUUUAACAGAGAAAGGCUCUUGAGUGUAUGCUCACAAAAUGCGUAGUACAGUUUAUCAAUGCCUGAAUAGAAAUAGAAUACUAUCAUCAGAAACAAAAGAGACCACUUCCAAAACACAACUCAGGUUUAACUGCCAUGUCAAGGCAUCCAUGUUAAUUUACUCAUGUUUCAUUCAGUAGAUUUGUUUAUGUUAUCGAGUAUACAAUACGUGAGGAUAAACGUGUUCAAAAAGAGGAAUCUGAACUGUGUUGCAAUGAGUCACGUGGUACUGCUGUGCUAGUAUUGAUGUACAUCAAUCAGUCUAGUUAAAACAAACGCAUGUGGAUUUGUAUGUGUAGCAGCGUUUAUCAGUGUUAUGCCUCCAGCAUCGAACCAAUGCUGUAUUGAGUGACCUUAUAGCAGUCACGUUUUAACGGAAGAGCCUUUUUAGACAUCUGCUCCACUUUUAAUGAGCUGAUUGUUGACGUGAAUUAAAACACUAGACUAGUGUUGAAUGUUGCCUUUUGCUACUAUGGGGCUUUAAAUUGUCUUUAAUUAGACAUGUGUGCUUACCCACCUUCGAAACACGAGAGGAACUUGAUGAUUUGUAUAUAUGCUGUUUUGAGACUCCUGAACUACAUGGUUUUGUUGACUUUAGGCUUUUUUUAAGACAGUGAGGGUAAAAAACAAAAAAGUCAGAAGGCAAAAAAAGGCAGUUGAUUGUACUGUUAUAUUUCAUUUUCAGUCAUAUUUCCAUUUUUUUAUAUAGUUGCUGCAGAAAUUGUCCCCAUAAAAGCUGGCCCUGUUUUCAAUUGAAUUCGCUCCAACAGAAACAAUCGGAAUUUCUUUUGCCUUUCCUAAUAGUUCAGUUGUUUUCAUCACAAUGUCUUAAAGAUUCAUCAGCACAAUCCCCUGUGAUAGUAAUCUAUUCUCUAUUGAAAAUGCUGUAAGUAGAGUUUAAAAGGCUUGCUGGUGACAUUCCUAAACUUGACAGAAAUUUGUAAAUACCCACAAUCAAAUGCCAUGAAGAAAUUCUACAUUGCUCAUGUGAAACACGUCAUAUAUAUACAUAUAAAUAUAGAUAUAUAAAUUUAAAAUACAAAAAAAAAUCUUUCUUCAUCCGUUCUUACACCACAAGGAAUUUGGACUUUCUAUCUAGGUGGACCAUCAAGUGUCUUUGAGUACAACAUGGAAGGCAGACUUUAUUAGGUACAAGAGACUUUGCCUCAAUACAUCUACAACUCACUGCACCUCAGCCCCAUUUAGUUGAUUUAUAUUAGAAAUGCAUUGUAAAAUUUUACCAUUGUAACCUAUUAUUAUUACGAUUAUCAUUAUUAUUAUUAUUAUGAUUACAGAAUAUGUAAUAAGUCACAAAUAACAGUUUGUGAUGUAUAAAUGAUCAAGUAUAAUAAACUCUAUAUUUACUCAUCUUACUCCUCAUGUACACAACUUUUCUUCGAACCUUCGUGUCAGUCUACUUCCUUUCUCGUUUAAAUAACACAGAGCGUGUUAUUUAAAUAUUUUGGUUUUGAUUUGUAGGUACUAUAAAUACUGGGAACCUUUUUUUCGUGAAACUUUCAUGUAUAACGCCAGUCAAGUGAGUGGUGUUCAUAACUCUGUAGCUUUAUUACUCUGUUGUCUGUGUAUUAGAUGACUGUUGAUGUGAAGCACAAACCCUUGGAAAUCAGCCAUCACUGGAAAGCCAAUGACUGGGCGUCUAUCGUUGUAACUACCUUUUGUGGCUCUAGAUUUAACUACACACUGUUACGCAUGGUGUGCUCACAGCUCCGGCGUUAUCAGGAACAAGACUGGUAAUUUAAGCGGAGCCAGAGAGCACCUUGUGGAAGGACUUAAUCCAAAUGGAACUUUUGCCUUUCAGGAAGCAGACACUAAGAAAAAAAAGGGUUAGUCAGUGGUAUUGUGUUACGAGCAAUAAAUGCACUGAAUCAGACAGCACUGUUAGCAAACUGACCGGAAAAAGAUUGAUUGAGGAUCCAAAUUAUCAGUUUGUGAUGUAUGAAACAGUUGUGAUGGAUGUAAACCGAGCAGCUGCCGCCUGCAACAAUGAUGUAUGAUAUGACAAAUAAACCAUCAUGAACUCAAUAAGAGACGCAGAUGCCAAUUCAUGUUACACAAUGAUCCUCCUCUGAUGCUGUAUUGCCAUGAUGAUUUUGAGUGUGUGUGUGAUGCUGCUGGGUUACAAGUGACCCAACAUUACCGCAAACUGUGGAGAUAUGAAGGCUUUACCUCUCUCUCGCCCCACCCCUGCCUUACUACCAGUCAAAGAAGCAGUAGAGUGUAUCUGAGCUGGCAGAAAAUAUUCCUUAACUAUUUAUUCUCAUUAACUAAUCUUUCAUGGAUAUUUACAGCAUAGUUACGGCCAAGUAGAAAAAAAAGUCCACUAUAUAUUUAUGCCAUCAAAUACCUGAAUUUGAUUGAUUUUAUCCUAAUAAUUUACAGCACAUCGCCCAUUUUCCUCCUUGCAUGUGUAUUCCUAUUAUCUCUGCUCUAUUAAUGUAAUAUUAGCUAUGCUAUUCACUUUGUACUGUUCAAAGUGUAUUUUCUUUGGAGUCAGAUGAAUCAAAAUAGCGUUCUCCACAUCCUGCACUACAAUGUCCUGGAUCAUUAUGAUGUAAGAAUCCUCCUCUAACCAGGCUUGGGACUGUGCAAUACACAGAAGAAUAGUUUUUUGUGGCUUGAUUAAACUUUGUGGCUUGAAAUCAAACUAAAAUGUGCCUUUAAGACAGGUUCUUACAGGUAACAAAGAUUUUCCUGUGCCAAUACACACAUAGACACACACACAUACACACACACACCUGGAGAACAAGAAGUUGUUUCAUCUGGCUCUAUAUGCUAUUUGUGCAUUUUAUUGUAGAUAUGUGAUUUUAACUCUAAGCUGUACAUUAAAUAGUUAACACACUUAA